AUGAAUUCUUCAUAUUUAUCAAAAGAAGAAUUACUUCAGAAUCAUUACCCUAUAAAUAACAUAGUACCGAAUAUAUUUAACGAACCAAUGACUAAACCCAUUACACAAAUAUUGGAAGUAAACCCUAUUCCAAGUAAUGUUAAUAAUGAUAAUGACAAUGAUAAUAUAAUGAAAUUAGGAAAGAAACAUAAGAAUGAUAAGAAAAUUGUUGUAGAAAAUAUGGAAAUUUUGCAAUAUUUAAUAAAUUCAUUAGGCGGGAAGGAUAAAUUGGCUAAAUUAUUAAAAUAUGUGCUUCAAAUUAUUAAACUAUUUAUAACUAAUUUCUUAAGACAAUAUCAAACAAAAUAUACGAAUGUCAAUGAUAUUAUUAUUCGUUAUAAUUUUAAAAAUUUGAAAAACUUAUUAUUACAACCAAAUUUUUGCUUAUAUGUGAUAUUCUCUAAAAUCAAUAAUAAUUUAGGAUUUAUAAUAGAACAAUUAGGAACUUAUAGAUACAUUUUAAGAUUUGGAAAUAGUCCAUUCUUAAUUUAUAAUAUGAUGAAAAGAAUUAAAAAAAUAUGGUCAUAUGAUAACAAAUUAAUAACAUUUCAAGAAAAUUUUAUCAAUUUAUUCGGUAAUGAAACUUCAUUCAGAGAUACUACAACUCUAUAUUAUACGAUAUGUGAUGAAUUGAUAUUAUUACACAAAUUCAAAUUAUGGUCAAAUCCAAAAUUAUAUGAUACGAUAUCAAGACAUGAAUGUUGGACGUGGCAAUCGGAUAUUUUAUUUACUUUGAAAGAUCUAUUUAUCAAAUUGUCAGAUUUACAUGAUAAAGAAUUGGAAUAUACUAUUCAAUUACAAGUAAAACAACGUGCUUCACAAUUAUAUUCCAAUAAUUUCACUAAUAAUAAUAAUCACAACAUUUCUCCAUUAAGACAGAAACUAUUACAUGAUUUGAAAAAUUUAAAUGAUGUAGACAAUGAAAAUAUAAUUAUCAAGAGAAAGUUGCAACAAGUAAAAUUACAGAAACGUUUAGUACAUCUAGAUAUAAUGAAAUUAUCCUUUGACGGAUGUGCUAAUUCACUAGAUUUAUUUAAUAUUAAGACUCAUCCAAUCGUAUAUCCAGUAUUAUCAAUAGGAUCAGGUAUUAUGAGUCUUAUAAAGUUGUGGAAACAAGCUAAACAGGAUAUUAUCCAGGAGAAGCAAAUUGUCUGA